AUGUUUCACGACGAGUUCUUCGUAGAAUUCAAACAGAUUGUGCUACAGAUGUCUAUGUCACAUCUGUAUGGACGGAGAGACGAGGAGGAUGAUGGGGUGGAGGUGGAGAGUUUUGAGGUGACAGAGUGGGACCUGGCCAACGAAUUCAACCCAGACCGGCGCAGAACAAGACCUACAAAAGAACAAGCUACUUACGGCAUAUGGGCUGAAAGAGACUCUGAUGACGAUGAGAGGCCUAGUUUUGGUGGGAAAAGGACCAAAGACUACACUGCUCCAGUUAACUUUGUCAGUGCUGGAUUGAGAAAGACUGGGGCUGAAGAGAAACAAAAGCCAAAAGAGGAAGAUGAAUCAGAUGAUUCAGAAGAUGACACCCCACCUGCCAAACUCCCUCCACGGGAAACGGCACCAAAAAAACUGCAGAUGGGAAAUUUUCGAGGAAACCAAUUCCAACGGUUUGCUGGUCAAUCUGGACAAGGGAUAGGCAACUGGGAAAAACAUACUAAGGGCAUUGGACAAAAACUUUUACAAAAAAUGGGAUACCAACCUGGCAAAGGAUUGGGUAAAAAUGCACAGGGUAUUAUAAACCCUAUUGAGGCCAAGUUGAGGAAGGGCAAAGGAGCAGUUGGUGCAUAUGGGAAUGAACGUACACAACAAAGUCUUCAGGACUUUCCAACAGUAGAUUCAGAAGAAGAGGAAGAAAAGGAGUUUCAGAAGGAGUUGGGACAAUGGCGCAAAGAUGCAAGCAGUGGAACCAAAAAGAAACCUAAGUACUCAUACCGAACAGUGGAUGAGCUGAAGGCAACAGGCAAACUGGCUGGGCGAAAUACUGUCACAACAGCGGGAGAGUUGGCUCAAGUGAAAGUAAUUGAUAUGACUGGUAGAGAGCAGAAAGUGUAUUCCAGUUACAGUCAAAUGUCCAAUAAGCACAACGUUCCCGACGAAGAACCUCCAACGUCAGUAGCCAGGGAUCAGAAGGGAUCUGGAUUUUCACUCCCUGAGCUUGAGCAUAACCUCCAGUUGCUCAUUGACCUCACUGAACAGAACAUAUUGCAGUCUGCAAGGCGUCUUCAGCAUGAAAAAGAUAUGGUGACAACGUUGAAUCAUGAAUCAAAAACCUUGCAGUCCAGACUGGAAACAGAACAAGCUGCAAUAGAGAGAAUGGAGGCUGUUCUGACUUUGGUGGAACGUUUUCCGACUGGGGAAACUGCACCCGGAGAGGCUCCCACUAUAAAGGAAUGUGCUCAAAUUUUUGAAACAUUACAAACUGAGUAUUAUGAGGAAUAUAAGACCAUGGGACUAUCCGAUCUUGCUGUUGCUAUUCACCCGUUGCUGAAAGAGAAACUUCAUUCUUGGGACCCAUUAAAAGAUAGCACUUAUUGCCUUGAAGACAUCGGACAAUGGAGAGCUAUCCUUGAAACGAGAAACAUUCACUCCAACACUCCAGACGCUAACAUGGAUCCAUACCACCGGUUAUUAUGGGAAGUAUGGAUCCCUGUGAUGACAACAUGUGUAUCAAAAUGGCCACCUCGCAAUGUUGGACCAAUGGUGGACUGUAUUGAAGUGUGGGCGCCCCUCCUUCCUCAGUGGAUACUUGAUUAUGUACUGGAACAUCUCGUUUUACCCCAUCUCCAGAGAGAGGUAGAUAAUUGGAACCCAUUAACUGACACCGUGCCCAUACAUUCCUGGAUCCACCCAUGGCUACCGAUGCUUCAGUCGCGUCUAGAGCCACUUUACCCCCCGAUCAGAAGCAAACUGUCUAAUGCACUGCAGAGGUGGCAUCCUAGCGACGCAUCGGCUCGUCUUAUUCUGCAGCCCUGGAAAGAUGUUUUCACACUGGGAGCAUGGGAAGCAUUUAUGGUGAAAAACAUAAUUCCAAAACUGGCCUUGUGUUUAGAGGAGCUUGUCAUUAAUCCUCAUCAACAACAGAUGGAGCCAUUUAAUUGGGUCAUGGAUUGGGAGAGCAUGCUUUCACUUUCCAGUUUUGUGUCUUUACUGGACAAAAACUUCUUCCCUAAGUGGUUGCAGGUAUUAUGUUCAUGGCUGAGUAAUAAUCCCAAUUACGAAGAAAUCACAAAAUGGUACCUCGGCUGGAAAGGCAUGUUCAGCGAUGCCAUGCUGACACAACCACUUAUCAAGGAGAAAUUUAAUGAAGCUUUGGAUAUCAUGAAUCGAGCCGUCUCUUCGGGUGUGGGUGCAUAUAUGCAACCUGGGGCCAGGGAGAAUAUUGCAUAUCUUACUCAGACGGAGCGACGAAAGGACUUCCAGUAUGAGGCAAUGCAAGAGCGUAGAGAUGCUGAGAGCGUGGCGACCAGAGCGUUGCUUUGUGAUCUGUUUCAAACGGUUUCGGAUAAAGAGCAAAGCCAUAGAAACAUGUCGAAACGAAAAUCUAAGGUGGUCCGCAGUGAUGGGGGGACACCCGAAGUGAAGCGCGGCCGCACGGAAGGAGAGCCGCAGGAUGUUCGUGUUUACAAUGAGGAGGUGGAGUUGGACAAUAGAGACCCCGAGCAGGACUUUCUUCAAUACAAAGAAUCUUGUGAACACUUGUCUACACUGAUGGCAGAGAUCCAAGAGCUGAAGGCCAAUGGAGCCAAAGAUGGGUCACUUGAGGUUGAGCGGAAGCGCAUGCAAAGCUGCAUCCAUUUUAUGAACUUGAAAAAACUGAAUCGACUGGCUCACAUGCGACUGAAGCGAGGCCGAGACCAGACACAUGAGGCUAAGCAGAAAGUAGAUGUCCUUCACCUCCAGUUGCAGAAUCUUCUAUAUGAAGUCAUGCAUCUUCAAAAGGAGAUAAGCAAGUGUUUAGAGUUCAAGUCCAAACACGAGGAGAUUGAUUUGGUGCCUGAAGACGUGUUUUAUAAGGAGGCUCCAUCUGACAUCUCAAGGCCAUCCUUGACAAAGAAUGACGAGCAUCAACUUACAUUAGCACGUUUGGAUUGGGAACUGGAGCAACGGAAAAGACUGGCAGAGAAAUACAAGGAAUCACUGACCACAAAAGAGAAGAUCCAGAAGAGCAUUGAAGUGAAGAAGGAACACCUGGAGAGUUUGCAUCCAGGACUCAAUGCCAUCAUGCAGGCCUCGCUUCCAGUGCAGGAGUAUCUGUCCAUGCCAUUUGAGCAGACUCAGAAACAGACAGAGAUUGCACGGCACCUGCCUCCCCCUCUCUAUGUCCUCUUUGUGCAAGCCAAUGCCUAUGGCCAAGCCUGCGAUUUUUCCCUCUCAGAUAAGAACCUUUCUGUGUCAAUCAGUGGAGAUGUGGAUGAGGCCAAAGCCCUUUCAAAACCACCUGAAGAUUCUCAAGAUGAUGAAAGUGAUUCGGAUGCAGAAGAAGAGCAGGAGAAGACCAAGAGAAGGAGACCCACAACUGGCGGUCAGCUUGAAGAAAAAAGGCGUGAGAUGCUGAAAAGACAUCCUUUAUCUAUUUGUGUGGACCUCAAGUGCAAAGAUGGCAGUGUCCUUCAUCUGUACUUUUAUUACCUGAUGAAUCUAAACAUAAUGACUGUUAAGACCAGGGUCACUACUCCCUCGGACCUUAGCACAGCCAUAAGUGCCGGAGAGCUGUUGAGAACAGAAACCAUCCUCAGCUGCCUCUAUGUGGGGGACCAGGGAGGGGAAACUCCAAAUCCAGCCAAUCGCUAUCAGUUUGACAAAGUUGGGAUUGUUUCUUUCGUGGACUAUGUUGAUGAACUGGGUCAUCCCUAUAUUUGGGUGCAACAUCUUGGUGGCCUACACUUUCCCAGCAGUAGUUCAGAGCCAAGUGUUUGUGUGGGAAGUUCCUUGAGUGCCAGCCAUAUGGAAGCCACCAUGAAGCUUCUGAGAGCACGGGUCCAGUCCCGCUUGGCGUUGCAAAAACAGUUUGCAUCCUUAGAACACAACAUUAUUCCAGUUUCCAGUGAGUGUCUGAACCUUGUUCCUGCCAAGAUAAUUACUCGUUUAGCACGCUGGACUACCACUACUUAUCAAGACUAUUUGGCACUCCCAUACACAAAACAUGUAAUUGAAGCGGGCCUGGCAAAGGACAAUGACCUGUACUUUAUGGGUAUUGUUGAGAGGGGCACGGCUCGCCUCAACGCCGCUGUCGUGAUGAGCCCCCGCUACCCAGAGACUGCCCCGCUAUUCUCUCUGUCGCUCAGCUGGAAGGGAGAGCGCACUGGACGCACUGAUGACAACCUAAGAGCAGUUGAAAGUGAGGUGAAUAUGUUCAAACAGGAGCUAAUGGGGCCUCGUCCGGGUCACCAGCUCUUCACAAACCAAAUGGCUCGCUUGUGCAUGUGUCUGGAUGUGUAUUUGGAGACAGAGGGACAAGAUGACAGCGUGGAGGGGCCGAGAGAAUUUCCCCGUGAAAAGAUGUGCCUCCGAACUGUCAGGGGGCCGAAUCGUCUAAAACCAUUCAAGUACAACCACCCUCAAGGUUUCUUCAGUCAUCGUUAA